AAUCAACACGGAAGUGUUUUUAAGGCGCCAAUUUUGUAUCGUCUUGGAAGCGGAGCCAUUUCCCCUCUGUGUUUUGUCUGUUUUUAAUCGCCUUCAAAAUUACAACAAUGUCUGAAAACACUUUCCCUCUUCAUAGUGCGGAUGCGAUAGUGAACUUUUACCGGACAGAAGUUCUCACUGGCCAAGAGGCAAAACACUUAACCAAGAGCGAUCUGACUCCUGCUCCGAAGCCGGAGGCAGUUCAAACAUUGUACAUGAGGGUGCUGCAUCUCCUGUAUCGUUUCAGACCUGAGUGUCACUCCAUGGUUCCCCUUAUGGAGAACAUUCAGUAUCCAGAAUAUCACGAGGGGGCCACUGCUAUUAUGAGUGUCUACAUACGCAUGCAACAGUUCCUGCCGAUGUGCUUGGUGUAUGAUUUCUCACUCAAUGACCUUCUAUCGCCAAAAAAACAGCGGACUCUGACUAUCCUCAGUGCCAUCAUGAACUUUCUUCACUUCAGGAAGCAGAGGAUGGAGAUAGCCCUGGAGAAACAGGCCAAAUUUAGGUCAGAUAUGGACAGACUGCAGGCUUACAAAAAAGGCACUUUAGAAGCAGAGAAGAAGAUUGAGAUUCUGACGACCAUCCCACCAGAGCAGCAGGCUGAAGCUGAUGAGCUGGCAGCUGCACUCGCUGAGCUGCAGACCAACACCAUGCACGAAUGCCAGGAAGUGAACGCAAAAAAUGACAUCAUAGCAGAGCUGAAAACCAACAAUGCAGAGAAGAAUCAGAAACUGACCCAGCUGAAGGUGGAUGUCAGCAACCUGAAGGAAGACAUCAGCAAACUCAAGUCUCAGAUUGUGGAGUCUCCAGAGGAGCUCAAGACUCAGAUGGAGAAGAUGCGGGAGAACGUCAAGAACAUCAAGACCUCCAUCGAAGACACGGAUGAGCGUGUGGUGGAACUGCAGAACAUGGUGCAGAAUAUGACGCAUACUGAGGCUGAGAUCCAGCAGAUGUCCAACCUGCUGCAGGACCUGGAGAGCAGCAUGAACAACACCAAGCAGCGACAGGAGGAGCACCAGGAGCUAAUGGCUCAGUAUGAGAAGAAGCAGAAGGAGCUCAAGAAUCUGUGCAUUGAGGAAGGACAGUUGAAGCGAGCUCUGGCCAUGAAGCUGGACAAAGAGUCGAAACAGAACAUCCGCAGGCAGAAGAAGAGAGAAAUGAAGGAGCAGCAUGUUCAAGAUGUGUUGGGGCAGUGUAACCAGAUCCAUCAGAAGCGUGAGGAGAUGGCCGAGAAAAUCCAAGAGAUCUCCAGUGAGACGCAGCAGCUGAAGGCCAAGAUCCAGAGUCUGAGAGAUGUGUGCAGCAAAGAGACAGAGAGAGCUCAGGCUCUGUACGACAACCUGUCAACUUCAAUUGACGAGCUGCACAGGAGAAUUGAGCUGCACGUCGGGGACCUGCAACGUGAUGUCACCAAAAUGGCUGCAAACUUUUAAAUGGAUCAUUUUGACAUGUUCAUCAUUCUAUUCCUGUGUUGUUAUUUCUCUGUUAUGUUUUUACUGUUCUAACAUUGUGUUGCCUUUUUAACGUUUACUAUUUAAAAUAAGAAAUAAAUAAUAGUUGUGUAUAUAUAAAAAAAGAGGAAACACUGUCAUCUUUGUUCUUAGUUAAUACAUUUGAUUAGUUCCAACUGUUUAGCUCAAAUGUUUCAGAAUGAUCAAAUACGCCGUUCAGGUAUGACAGGACAGUAACCAUAUGUUGCACUGGUGUGGCCCAGAGAUCAUACGUUUUGCUCUGUGAUCAUACACAACUGAACCUACU